UCUUGUAAAUAAGCCGAAACCAGACGAAGUUGCGACCAAAAGCGGUUUGCCAGGCACAUUCGGGCGAUGAACAUUUUCUGUGGUCAGCAUAAAGGUGAAGGGUCAUGGAAAAAGGACUAAAAGGAGAGUUGGAGCCAAAAAUUCCACAGCCUUUGCGUUAUUUGUCAUCAUUAUUGCCUGGGUCUCUUGGUUAAAGUGUUUUUAAAAGCUUUUUGAUGUUAGAAACACGGCACUAAGUAAGGGAAAUUUUGAACUAAAAAUUUAAAAAUAUGAUAGGUAAAGUAAUUACUUUAGAAAUUUGUCUUCUUCUUACUAAAUUUUAGUCAUCAAAUAUAGAAGUAAUCGAAUUUAUAUCAUGUUUUAUUUUCAGUUUUCCCAUAACCUAAACCCCAAGCUAACCACAAGGCAAAUAUAUUACCAACCCUUGUUAGCGUGUCCUGAAAAUCUUGACUAACCAAAAGCAAACCUUUAGUGCCGCACCCUCUAACCAAAAAGGGAGCUCCUCAAUCAAUUAAAAUCGUUUCGUUGAAAAGCCACCCCGAAAAAAAAUCCCCGUCAUAUGUUGGCCAACGAAGAAGAAAGCCGGCUUAAAAGAAAGCGGGCCAACACACAAAAACGUAAACAAACCGGCAAAAUGCGAAUCCACCACCUGACCAAAAGGAAAAAUCGGAAAACUGAAAGCCACCAAAUUGCCCAAAACAAUAAAGGGAAAGAGAGUCUGAAAGUCUGGCAGAUAAGAGAGAGAGAGCGCCAGGGAAAUUCUAUUACCUUAGGUGGAAAAUGCAUAAUUCACGACAGAAUUUCCCGGCUCGUUUUGCUGGACUCGGCAAUAUCGGGAACGAUGGCUCGAAGGAAGCUCGAGGCGAACCAGUUGACGGCGAGCCGUGCGAGCAGACGGUCGUGUUUCAGUCGCAUUUCCUUUGAGGAAAAGUACCCGAUACCCCAACAUAGAAAAUCCAUCAUAACCAUCGACACAAGUGCAACGUUGCUGUGAGCAGCACCAACCAAAAAAACAGCUGAAAAACUGUGUGCGAAUUCGAUUAAAAAAAACGCAGGAUAUUCCGUUGUAAUAUCCUUGCCAAGCAAAUAGAAAAAAAGACUAAAAAAAAAAAUAAAAGGAAAUUUUGAAAAAACAAACGGAUUUUGCUUGUUUACAAGUCUUGCGGUCAGGACUUUUACGGAUUUUCAGGGGAGUUAGUCGUGUUAGUUUGUGUGGUUUUGUCCGCCCGACCCGGUUCCCUGUGUGUUUGUGUUGUGCUGCUGCAAAGUGGAAGAUGCCAUGGCAACACAUUGCUAAUCGAUGACGUGACCAAAAACAACAACAACAAAAACAACAACCAAAAAGGAAACAAAGCAACAGAAACAACUUUGAAAAAACAGGACCACCCCCCAACUUCACAUUUGGGAUAACACAAGGAUAAUGACCAUAAACUGACUUGAUUGCAAAUUGAAAUGGCAGCAACAAUGUGAACGACCAGAAGAGCAACAAUACCAGCGAAGAGCACUGAAAAUAAGUAGCAUAAAAAGAGUAAAGAAAGAGUGGAAAAUAGAAAACUAUCUGGAUAGAAACGAACGAAAUCAUAAACAAGAAUGCGAAGCAUUUGCAGAGGACUGUGAGCUGCAAGGAUGAUGCAAUGCGAAGGCGACGCAGAUUGCAUUCAAGGACCGCUGGGCCAGCAAACAAUCAGUGGGGCAAACAAUGAGAACUAAUAAAGCACUUAAGCUUAUAGACGACCAGCGACAACAAGGACACCCAAGUGGAAGCAAGUCUCCAGCAGCAGCAUAGCAGCAGCAGCAGCAGCAUCAAUCAAAAUAAGAUUCACCCUGCCACGGGUCGUAUGAUCAACGUGCAUCAAUUUGAUAUACAGACAAUGGCGGAAUCGCCUCAAAUUAGACGCAACAUGGUUCCCCAUUAUGCCACAUUGCCUUCGAAGGACUGUGAUGAUGGGGCCAAUACAGUUUCUAGGGCAACAACACCGCUGACAGCCAAUGGUGCCACAACCACUGGGCUAACUGUUACCGUUACCCCGAAAGACAUGCAACGAAACCACCUGCUAAAGAUGCCAACAGCAACAAUAGAGAAACCAACGAUAACAGCCACCAGCACCAGCACCACUAGAAAAUCAUCAACAGCCGUUCGGUAUCCAUCCCCGACAUUAAGGAUAUUAGCCAAGGGUCUGCUGCUACCCAUCCUGAUCCUGGGCAUCCUCGUGGGCAGCAGCCAGGCGGGAUUCGCUUGCCUCAGCAAUCCCUGUGUGUUUGGCGUGUGCAUCGAUGGCCUGAACAGCUCGUAUUCGUGUUACUGCAUUGAUGGCUACACAGGGAUCCAGUGCCAAACGAAUUGGGACGAAUGCUGGUCGAGUCCUUGUCAGAACGGCGGGACAUGUGUGGACGGUGUGGCCUACUACAAUUGUACGUGUCCGGAAGGAUUUUCUGGAUCUAGUUGCGAGGAGAACGUCGACGAAUGCAUGUCGAAUCCCUGCCAGAAUGGAGGACUUUGCCGGGACAGAACCAAUGGCUACAUAUGCACCUGCCAACCGGGCUACCUGGGUUCCCACUGCGAACUGGACGUGGCUGUCUGCGAGACAGGAACCGGAGCCCGUUGCCAAAAUGGUGGUGAGUGCAUCGAGGGUCCAGGACUGGAGUUCACCUGCGAUUGUCCCGCAGGCUGGCAUGGUCGAAUUUGCCAGGAGGAGAUCAAUGAAUGCGCCUCUUCGCCCUGCCAAAAUGGUGGAGUCUGCGUGGACAAACUGGCGGCCUACGCCUGCGCCUGUCCCAUGGGUUAUACGGGCAUCAAUUGCGAGGAGGAGAUUCUCAUUUGUGCCGACAAUCCGUGUCAGAAUAAUGCAUUGUGUCUGAUGGAAGAGGGUGUGCCCACAUGCUAUUGUGUUCCCGAUUACCAUGGCGAAAAGUGUGAGUUCCAGUAUGAUGAGUGCCAAUUGGGUCCACGCUGCAUGAAUGGUGGUGUUUGUAUCGACGGAGUGGAUACCUUCUCUUGCUCAUGUCCUCCACUCCUAACUGGCAUGCUAUGUGAGUGCUUGGUGGUGGGUGAGGAGUCCUUGGACUGCAAUUACACGGCACCAGCUACGCAAGCGCCUCCAAGGAGAACCACCACCACAUCUACAAUGGCCCCACCCACAGUGAGGCCAGUUACUCCGCCGGAGACAACGGUACCGCCUACUGUAUCCGAAGAAGUAGAGGUUGUUAUAGUUACCACAGCUGCCCCUUCAGAAGUGGCAACCUCUGUGUCAUCCUCAUCUACUUCUUCUUCAUCAGAGGAAGCUGUUUCCGUGGAGAUAAAAGUGCCGACUAUGGCUCCGCCAGAAAGCGAUAGUCAUAGCAUAUCCGUAGAGCAGACCACUGUCGCUCCAGCACAACCUGAACCGGAAUCCGAACAAGAACCAGAAACUAAGCCUCAACCACCACUCGAAUCGGAAUCCCAAUCGGAAACUGAAGAGGAAAUAAUACCGGGCACCACAGCUCGACCGCCAACUAGUAGAUCCUCCAGUUCCAGUUCCUCAGAAGAAUCACCCAGCAUCUUUACAACUUUACCACCUUUGCCGGGAAAAUCUCAAACCUCUUCGUCGGCGGAGAGUUCGGGUGAAGUGGUUACCUCCGAAGAAUACACAACCGUACCGCAUUUCGAAGUUAGUGGCAGUAAGAGCGAGAGUGGCAGUGAAGAAGUCACCACAUUGCGACCCACUGCAGCACCCAGCAUCACAAUCUCAGUGGAUGUCACCUCAUCCAGUAGCAGUAGUUCCGAAUCCGUGGAAAUAGUCACUACACCAGCUCCAAUUUUUGUCCAGAGAGUGACAACGAUCGAGACUAGCAUUACCAUUGACUAUGUGACACCAACACCACCACCGUCGGAAGCCACCACCCAACGGGUGGUGCCUGUGCCCAGGCCCACAUUUGCCACAGAACCACCGUUGGAUGUGAUGGAAACCACUGCCUCUACGCACCACCUUUGGACGGAGGUGCCCACCACGGCGGCUCCUUUCUUCACGGAAUAUCCAGCCGAAGUUCUGAUCACGACACAUCGAACCAGUGCUGGCAGAUUUACCACAGUCCAACCACCUGUUGAGGCUACCACCACCUCACCCACUGAUGAUUCAUCCAUGGAGUUACCCACUACGCAUAUGCCCCAAGUUGUGAUAACAAUAUUGGAUCCAAAUGCCAACAUUCCUCCUCUGAUCACAACCACUGAAUUGCCAACGACCCAUCAUCACCACCACCAUCAUCAUCACCAGGAACCGGAGGGUACCACUCUGCAGCCUCUCGAAGAAGACGAGCAUCAUCAUCAUCACCACCACCAUCAUCAUCAUGAUGAUAUCACUACUCCACCGCCAGUGGAGAUAACUACAGGUCCUCCCUUGCAAACGGAGGAUUUGGUUGGUGUACAGGAACCCGCUGUAGUGACCACAGAAGGGCCUGUUAUUCCGGCCGAGACAACAGUGGUUCCAGCAGUGACGGUGGUGCCCGUUACGAUUGUACCACUUGGAACUCCAGCACCACCUGCCACGGCAGUUCCUAUUCCUCCAGCAACUACAGCUCCUCCAACUCCUCAAGCUACUGAGCCGCCAACAGUGGCGCCAACACCGCAACCUACUGCUCCACCCACUCUACCCCCGGUAACCCUUCCUCCAGUGACCCUGCCACCGCCAACAAUACCACCAACUCCUCCAUCCACGCAAUCUGCACAAACUUUACCGCCACCAACGUCGGCCAUAAAUGUUUACACCACACCCGAGGGACCACCAACGGCCUCCCAAACGAAGCCAUCGGUCACGGAGAGCAGUGAGGAAGUGGAGGGCGCCAAUACGGUUUCCACUGGCGGAAGGGGAUCCGGAGGUGUACCCGAGGAGAAGGCAGGCGAUGUCGAUUGCAUCAAGCUGGGCUGUUACAAUGGCGGCACCUGCGUAACCACAUCCGAAGGAUCGCGGUGUGUCUGCCGCUUUGACCGCCAGGGACCUCUUUGCGAGCUGCCCAUUAUCAUCCGGAAUGCCGCCUUCUCUGGCGACUCUUAUGUGUCGCACCGCAUCUACAAGGACAUCAGUGGCCACGAGUCCUUGGACGCCGUCCUACCGAUGCAUAUCCAACUGAAAGUGCGAACGCGAGCCACCAACGGACUGAUCAUGCUGGCGGCUGCUCAGGGUACCAAGGGGGGUCACUACAUGGCCCUCUUCCUGCAGAAGGGCCUUAUGCAGUUCCAGUUCUCCUGCGGAUUGCAGACAAUGCUGCUGAGCGAACUGGAAACGCCGGUGAACACGGGCCACGAAAUUACCAUUCGAGCUGAAUUGGACUUCAGUCGGAAUUACACACACUGCAAUGCCUCGCUGCUGGUGAACGACACGUUGGCCAUGUCCGGGGAUCAGCCCACCUGGCUGAAGCUCCUGCCACCCCGUCUCCAUACCCCGGACGCCAUACUGAACACCUGGCUUCAUCUGGGCGGAGCGCCCCAGGCACCGAUUGGCCUGAUUAUCGAACUGCCGCCUGCCCAGAGCGGCACCGGCUUCACCGGCUGUCUCCAUACGCUCCGCAUCAACGGACAGGGUCGAGAGAUAUUCGGAGAUGCCCUAGAUGGAUUUGGCAUUACGGAAUGCGGCUCUUUGGCCUGUCUAUCGAGUCCUUGUCGCAAUGGCGCCGCCUGCAUAAAGAUCGAAACCAAUGAUCUGGACGAGAAUGGCGAGAAGGCGGAGAAAUGGAAAUGCAAAUGUCCCACUGGCUAUAUGGGACCUACCUGCGAGAUAUCCGUCUGCGAGGACAACCCUUGUCAGUACGGUGGAACCUGCGUACAAUUUCCGGGAAGCGGUUAUCUCUGCCUAUGCCCACUGGGCAAACAUGGCCACUACUGCGAGCACAAUCUUGAGGUGGCCCUGCCUUCCUUCUCCGGCAGCGUCAAUGGACUCUCUUCGUUUGUGGCCUACACAGUGCCCAUACCCCUGGAGUACUCACUCGAGCUGAGCUUUAAGAUCCUACCACAAACCAUGUCUCAAAUUUCACUCCUGGCCUUUUUCGGCCAGUCGGGUUAUCACGAUGAGAAGAGCGAUCACCUGGCGGUGAGCUUCAUCCAGGGGUACAUAAUGCUCACUUGGAAUCUGGGAGCUGGACCUCGUCGCAUUUUCACCCAGAAACCCAUUGAUUUCCGACUGGAUGCUCCUCGAGUUCCCUACGAAAUCAAAGUGGGCCGCAUUGGUCGACAGGCCUGGCUUUCGGUAGAUGGAAAGUUUAAUAUUACAGGUCGUUCGCCGGGAAGUGGCAGUCGAAUGGAUGUACUCCCCAUUUUGUAUCUUGGAGGUCAUGAGAUAGCCAACUUCAAUACGUUGCCACAUGAUUUGCCAUUGCACUCUGGGUUCCAAGGUUGCAUUUACGAUGUGCAAUUGAAGGCGGGACAGGUUACGGUGCCACUUCAGGAGACACGCGGGGUCAGAGGUCGCGGCGUGGGUCAGUGCGGAACCAGAGAAUGCCAUCGACACGCCUGCCAGCACGAUGGCGCCUGUCUUCAGCAUGGAGCAACCUUUACUUGCAUCUGCCAAGAGGGCUGGUAUGGUCCACUGUGCGCCCAACCCACUAAUCCCUGCGACUCCUUCAAUAACAAGUGCUACGAGGAUGCCACUUGUGUGCCAUUGGUCAAUGGCUAUGAAUGUGAUUGUCCUGUAGGUCGAACAGGGAAAAACUGCGAAGAGGUAAUCCGAUCUCUGAGCGAUGUAUCCUUGACCGGAAGACGUUCGUAUCUGGCGGUUCGUUGGCCAUAUCUAUAUGAUGGUGGGGAUAAGCUGGGAGCCAAGCGCUCUCAAAUGGUCAGCUAUCGAAACUUUACCAAAAAGUUAAUGCCACCGAAACCCAUAACCACACCCAGCACACACUUUGUGAUGAAACUGUUGAAUGAGGUGGAAAAACAGCGCAGUUUUUCCCCAGUUCCCUUAAUGGGAUCGAAGACUUUCGAGGAGCACCAUCGAGUGCAGUUCUUCUUUAUCGAAUUCCAACUGCGUCCCCUCUCGGAAAGAGGAUUACUCCUGUACUUCGGCACCCUGAACAACAAUCAGGAUAAGAAGAUUGGAUUUGUAUCACUUUCCCUGCAGGGUGGAGUGGUGGAAUUCAGGAUUUCUGGUCCCAGUACCCAUGUGACGGUAGUGAGGAGUGUUCGUAUGUUGGCCAUCGGCGAGUGGCACAAGAUCAAGAUGGCACAGCGCGGCAGAUGGUUGACUUUGUGGGUAGAGGGCAGUGCUUCAUCAGCAUUGGCUCCUUCUGCAGAGGUUCUCGUCGAACCGGACUCUUUGCUCUAUAUUGGAGGACUCAAAGAUGUGUCGAAGCUGCCGCAUAAUGCCAUCUCCGGAUUCCCCAUCCCCUUCAGGGGUUGUGUUCGUGGAUUGGUGGUUAGCGGAACUCGCAUAGUGCUCAACGAAACCAACAUUGUGGAAUCGCGUAAUAUUCGAGACUGUGAUGGCACCGCAUGUGGCGGAGAUUCCUGUGAAUCUGGCGGACAUUGUUGGCUGGAUGAGAAGCUGCAACCGCACUGCAUCUGUCCGGAAUAUGCCAAAGGUGAUCGCUGUGAAUAUUCGGAGACCUGCAAGCUCAUUCCGUGCAAAAAUAAUGGAAGAUGUCUGAGAAGUGGACGCUGCUCGUGUCCAAAUGGUUGGGGAGGCUUCUACUGUGAGAUUGCCAUGAGCAAACCAACAACGCCGAGCUUCCGUGGCAACAGUUACCUGAUCUUGCCGCCGCCACGAAUUCCAAUGAAAGACAAGAGACGGGGACCCUCUCUCUAUGUCCGCCCCCGCGAAGCCAUCCAAGUUUCGCUGAAUUUCUCGACCAUCGAACCGGACGGACUGCUCCUUUGGAGCGAGCACGAAAAGAGUAAGUUCCUGGGUCUAGGAUUGGAAGCGGGUCACCUGAAGUUGGCCAGUAAUCUUUUGGGCAGUACCAACGAUACGGUUAGGGCUCCGGCCAGUGGUUUUAUAGCCGACGGAGCUUGGCAUUGGACGAGUAUACUGUUGGAUCGAUCGAGACUGGAACUUCAGCUAGAUGGCGAAGUGAUCUUCACGGAGAGAUUACCCGAGAAUGGCAGAUCCUGGGCCUCCACAACCCCGAGAACAACUAUAGCGGGCAGGCGCAAGAAUUCCAACAAAGAGCCAACAAUUAGCUACGAGGAUGUCUUCUACUUGGGCGGUUUUCCCAAUUCGGACUCGGUGAGCAGGCGCACAAAAGGCCGGUUCUUCGAUCCGUUCAAGGGCUGCCUGCAGGACAUCCAGUUCGGAGCUGAACCCACAGCGAUUAUCAGCGAUUUCUCGACGUACCAGGGCGAGAACAUUGGAUCCUGUGAUCUGCACGGCGAUGAGCCUUUAAUUGUAUAGGAAACAAAAUCAAAAGUAACAUGGAGUAAUGGAUAAAUCGGAGUUACGAAUCUGUAGAACACUUUGAUCAAUUUAGAUUAUCAAGAUUGGCAAUAUUCUUGAGAAGCUAAUUGAGGACGCGAUAUAUAGAGAGAACUACUUGUAAGCUAAGUGAUAAGCGAGUUUAUAUAGGAAGUGUGGGGGGAAUCCCCUGCCAGAAUCAAUAUAUACACACAGUUUUUGGGCAAAGCUAUCGAUAAAAGACAGACGAAUAAAAGAAAAGAAAUGGAACGUAAUUUUGUAAAUUUUAUAGAAAUAAAUGAAAAA